GUUUUGUUAUCUGAAUGAUGCCGUGCUUGGCAUUUUAAAACUGCGAAAGAAGUUUGAUCGAGUUUUAUACGUAGAUCUGGAUCUACACCAUGGCGAUGAUUUCCAGCACUCGCAGUUCUUUGUUUUAUGAAUCAAGUAAUAAGAGUUUGAUGCAAGUGUGUUAUAAUCAUACUUGGUGCAGUGACACGUCUAUGAAUCCUCCGUUAGGGCUAAUGGAUAGCUCGAGCUUUGGAGUUCUGGGCUGUUGUUUUCUGUGUCAAUCAGGUGUCUGCACUAAGGCGAUUGUCCACACGGUGCUCCUCGGGGAAUCUGAGACCACCGGGUGUGUUAAUGAGGAAUGAACCGACACAGGUCGGAAACAAAACAUGCCACACGUGUGCUGUGGUAGGAUUGCACCUCAUAGAGUCAUACAGCACGGAAACAGACUCUUUGGCCCAACUUGUCCAUGCCAACCAGGUGUAGAAGAUGCAUUCAGUUUUACAUCUAAAGUCAUGACUGUAUCAUUUCACAAGUAUUCCCCUGGAUUCUUCCCAGGAACAGGUGAUGUGACAGAUGUUGGAAUGGGGAAAGGAAGGUAUUACACUGUGAAUGUGCCUUUGCAGGAUGGCAUUCAAGAUGACCUUUACUACCAAAUAUGUGAAAGUGUCUUAAAAGAGGUGUAUGCAUCAUUCAAUCCUGAGGCAGUGGUCUGCCAGCUAGGAGCAGAUACUAUUGCUGGAGACCCAAUGUGUUCCUUUAAUAUGACACCAGUUGGAGUGGGAAAGUGCCUGCGUUACAUUCUGAACUGGGAAUUGCCAACUCUGGUCUUGGGAGGAGGAGGCUAUAACCAUGCUAACACAGCCCGAUGUUGGACAUAUCUGACUGCCAAUAUCCUUGGAAAAACACUGUCUUCAGAGAUUCCUGAUCAUGAGUAUUUUACAGAAUAUGGGCCUGAUUAUGUACUGGAAAUCACCCGAAGCUGUCGGACUGACCAGAAUGAUCCCCACCGGAUUGAGCAGAUACUUAGCAGGAUCCGAGGAAAUCUGAAGAAUGUAAUUUAAUAAGUGGUGGGAGUAAAUAGAAGACUAGAGAAGCCUUUUAACUGAAUGCAUUCUGUGGCUGUUGUAGCUGCAGGGGAAACUUGGAUGAAAUUACUUGCAAGUUCCAGGACAACAGAUGUUCAUUAAGAUUUGAAGCUGCAGUUAACCCUUUCUUAUUCAGCUGUAUAGGACAGACCUUCGGAUGCUUAAGGAUUGCAGUAUCCUGUUGUUUUGCUUUUUAUUACCAUAAUUAUGUUGUAAAUAUAUUUUUAAUUCAUUUUUAGUUGUUGUUUUGAAAAGCACCCUCUAGUAGAGAUGCAGGUGUUUUUGUAGUUGGCUGAAGAGCCUGCCAAUUUUAUAUGAAAACAGAAAUUGCUGGCAAACCUCAGCAGAUCCAGCAGCAUCCAUGAAAGAAAGUAGAGUUAACAUUUUGGGUCCAGUGACCUUUCAGAAGGGUUCUGAAGAAGGGUCACUAGACAUGAAAUGUUUACUCUUCUUUCUCUCCACAGAUGCUGUCCGACCUGCUGAAUUUAUACAGCAAUUUCUGUUUUUUUUCUGAUUUCCAGCAUCUGCAGUUCUUUCGUAAAUCUUUGGCAAAUUAUAUAUGCCAGGACUCAAAUAGCAUUUUGCCUUCUGCCCCUAGAUAUAGAGUUUUACUGACUAUGUUCAGUAGUUUUUGUUUAAUCAGACUAAUCUGCAAUGAAUUGUACAAAGGGGUUGUAACAUUUUAUAAACUAAGAUAACCCAUGGAGCAAUAUAAUGCUCAUGUGCACUGAUUUUCAUGAAAGGACCUGGAUUUGUGUUCCUCGUUCUUCACUACACCCAGCAUUUUUCUUAGCUAUAUUUUCAGAGGAAAGGGAAAAAAAAAACCACCAUAAAAGUCAAGGCUUCACGAAGGUGGAUAAAGUGAAGUUGCAUCUAUUUUCUCCACAGCCAGCCAAGAGCUUCUUUCAGUCUCUGGUUACAAAAUUCUGGAUGAAACGUGUGCUUUUUUUUUAAAGCUACGGCAUAUACCGCAUGGAGAAGAGGAAUGGUGCAGAAAAACUUAUUUAAAUUAGAGUGGAGAAACGAGCAAAAAGUUUCAAACAAGAUGUAUGAAAGGUAGUCACUAACUGUAGCAACUUGUUUAAGUUGUUCCUUAAUUCCUUAUUAAAAGGGAAAGAGAAAAUGCUGGAGAAAUUGAAUAGAUCUAUCAGAAAGCCAAUUCUGAAAACACAUGCUGCCAGAUUUCCAGAGUUUCUCCAGCAAUUCUCCCCUUCUUUUAAUAAGGAUCUAAGGAUCAACUUUAACAAGUUGCUACAGUGGGUGACUACCUUCCUAACAUUUUGUUUGAAACUUGUUGCUCAUUUCCCCACUCUAAUUUAAAUAUGAUUUUCAGCACCAUCCCUGUUCUCCCAUGUGGUAUGCACUGUAGCUUUAAAAAAAGGACAGGCUUCAUCCAGCAUCUGGCAGCAUAUAACUCUUUUCAGAACUGGCAUUCUGAUAGACAGUUUCUCCAGCAUUUUCUCUUUAUUUUCAGAUUUCCAGUAUCUGCAGUAUUUUGCUGUGAAGUGUUUAAUUCUUUACUGUUUGUGUUUUUUUAAUGGUGAGGAUUUUCCGUAGAAUCUCAUUUAAAUCCAAGCUCAUAUGGAAUUGUCAUGGUUGUUUUCAUUAUUUUCUCUUGGGGCCCCAUUGGCAGUCAUUUUUUUAAUGGAAUGGACCUUAGCCCUCCUGCUGUCCUGAGCAAACCUCCAGUUUGCAGAUGUUUGGACUGGCAAUGCCUUUAAUAAACAGUUUGCAAGUUUGGGUUGAUUUCUAUUUCCAACUCGGAAAACAUAAGCAAAAAUAAAUUGCUCUGGUGUUUGAGAAAAAAGACAAUAUUCAGAAUAACAGCUGUAUCUACAAAAAGAUGAAUAGCAUUUCUUUUCUUUUUGAAAUAUUUACAAUGCGGACAGCUGCCACUAAUUAUAAGUGUUUCUUGGUUGAUAGAUAUACCAGUCAAAAUGAACACUUUAAAUCUUAACUUUAUAACAUGAGUUCCCAACCUGCAGCCUUGGGGCUAUGUACAACCCCUGCAGUUUAUCAUAUUCGACUUUGUGGUUUAGACACGUUUUUCUCAGCUGUUAAGUCACUGGUGACAAAAUCCUCAACUAUAACUGUAAGAAAUAUUAGGACUAAUACCUUGACAUGCAUAAAGUUAAUGGAAAAGUUGAUAUAAACUUAAUCUGUGACCCAUAAGGACAAUGGCUUGGAAAUUCGUCUGCUGUAGGAUAACUGGCAGUUUAAUUCUAAAUAUCUUCAAAAAGUGAACAUCAAUAUUGGUAAUCUGAAUUGUUUUAUCAUUAAAAGUUAUGAGUUUUUUUCCACUUUUAAAUGUAUUUGUUUCAAUGUUGAGGGACAGCACUGUAACAUGACUUGCAGAGUCUAGGUCUAACAGAGUACAGAUGUCAGUGAACUCUUAACACCUGUAUCUCAGGCAGCCUUUGUAAUAAAACAGAAUACUUUCUGGUAUUUACUGAAGUUGGCAGCUAAGAAGACCUACUUUAUGUUUCUUCCCUUUAUGCGAUUUUAGAGAAUUCUAGCAAGGUGACUUCUUCGGUUUCUAGUUGGCUCCUUGUGAGUUGGAAACUAGUUCUGGUGCCACAGUAGUGAGUCUGAAGGCAGCCAUAAAACAAAUGAAAAGAACUGAGUACUGGUUAGCAAGUGUUAUUGAUUCUAACAAAACUAGACAGCUGAGUUGACCAAUAAAUGUACCAUUCUAACUGCACAGUGCUGGUGGUACUGAACCUAGUAAUCUGAGACCAUUGUGUGGCAUUCAGUUAAAAUAACAUGAUUGCAAGUUAAUGUCUCUGUUUUGAUUGAUAUAAGUUCAAAUUCAUUACAUAUCAAGCAUCAUCAGUUGGGGCUAAUUUCUGCUAAAAGAUAUACCUAUAUAGUCAUGACCAGUGCUCUGUUUAAUAUUUUUCUUUAGCUGCUUGUUCAUAUACUUAAGGAAAAUUAUUGCAAGUGUUUUACCAUUUGCCCUCAUCACUGGCAUCAGCAUUCAGGUUAAAUAAAACAAAACCAAAUCAAAAUUCAAACAAUAUAAUGGUUAAAAAGAAGCUUUGCUGGUGUAUUAGAAUAUGGGUAUACUCCACUUCUAGUAGUAUAAAGCACAACAAAAAGACAUGUAUACUUGGAAAAUAUUGAAAAAGUUACUUUUUGUAAUGUGUGCCUUAUCAGUUUAUCUGUGCUUCUCUCAAUGAACUUCUUUUGGGGUGCAGUGGCCAUUGAUUUAGGCAAGCUUGGCAACAAUCCUGAAACCCUUGAGAUGAUCAAUUGCGUUUUUGAUGUAUUGAUUGAGGAUAUCCAAGAUAAAAUUAAAACCAAAAGAUCAGGAUUAAUUUGAGCACAGAAAAACAAGAAUGAGGGACAGCGAUAAAGAGGACACAAGAAACAAGCAAAAACAUCAAAUGUGCAAAAUUGUAAACCAAGAGUAGUAAGAAGACAGCAAAAUGACAGAUGAUAAUGAAAACAUUUAAUGUGAAAAAAGAAAAAGACAGUUGAGAUGGAGCUGGCACUCUGAAUUUCUACACCAUCUUUCCUGUGUAUUCGUAAUUUUGCAGACUCUGUCCCCACCAGCCAAAUCAUUUUCCAUUCAUCAAAGCAUUCCUAUGAAAAGUCUUGUGUUUAUUGCAUUGAAAACCAAUGUCUUGUGCAAGGAUUAUCACAGCUCAUCUGCAGGGGCUAAUAACGGAAAGGAUACUUCAUUUCUGACUAACAUUCAUUCACCAGCAUGUUCUUGCAAUUGCUUGUUUUUAACAUUCUUUGAGACCAAGUCCUUUUUAAGUGUAUUUUAAAAAUGGGGUUUUAUCUAUACAUCAGCCUUAUUAAAUAGUUUUCUGGCAAUUUUACUGAUGUUAAAGAGUCAAUUUCAAACAACGUUUUGUACUUGUACUUUUUUCCUGUUACUGUUUCUUACUUUGACAGUUUUUUGUGGUGGCCAGGAAAAUAUAAUGUGGUUAUUAAUAAAUGGAAUUAAAAGUGCAAUUCUCUAUGCUUUCA